AUGGCGUUUACUGGAACGGGAGCUGCGAGGAGGCCAGGUCUGCUUAACUGUGCCCCCACCCGAACAUUCGAGCUCAGCCACAGAAUUACCUCCAGCAAGAGCUUUGGGGGAUGGAAACUUUUAGGGAAGCAGGGGAGGGGAAAACAACUUUCGGAAAUAAGGCGCGUCCACAAAGGCAAGUGUUACACUGGACUUCUCCACCUCCAUCUCAGGCAGCGGCUCCUGUGGCCAGCAGCCCUGGAUGCAAUCCACGGGCCCCCUCCCACACUGGGCAUCUUUUCAGACCUCAAGAGAGAGACCGUAAGGAGGACCAGGUGCUACCGUCAGACCCUAAAGGCAAUUGUACAGACAACAAAGACCGCAAGCGAUCAAAAUGGAAUUAUAAUCCCCGCGGUCCCAGCGCCCCCUCUCCGCCCGCCGAGACUCAGGGCCGCCGCGCCCGCCUCUUCUCUUCCAACGCAAGGGUCCCGCGUCCUGUCCACAGUGUGCGCCCCGGCUGCAGGUUCUCCGGUCCCCGGGGCUAGCCUCCCGCCGCCCGUGGUUUUGCAAUCUCUGCGCCGCGGCUUCAGUGUUCUAACACCCGGUUCGAAAUCUUUCCCGCCCAGGCGUGACGCGAGGAAUGCAAACAAUCAGCCGAGCGCGCCCGCCUGGACCGGGAUAGGGGGACAGUGGGGAGUCCCGGGGCCGAGCUGGGUGCACCCGCGGGCCGGGCCCGGAGGUGACACAAAGAAGCCCGGGACACCAACGCCAAUCGCUGGCGCUCGCCGCGAUCCCCAGGGUGCCCCGCCCGCCGCUAAGUUUACAGCGCCCCGCGCGCCCCGCUGUCCCCUCCCGGGUGAAGUUUCCCACGGCCCAGCUGGGAGCCGGGCAUCCAGAGACUCCCGUGGGCCCCCCGGGCUCCCCGCUGGGCUCUGGGGACUCCGCAGGGCUCGUGCCCGCCUCUUCCCCGCCCUCCCGCUCUCGCAGGGCGCUUUAGGGCGCGGAGCCCCCCGCGGCUGCGCUCACCGUUGUCUGCCCGGCCGGGAGGCGAGGGCCGGAGUUCGACCCGACCUACUCCGCGCCCCCCUCGCCUCGCUGCCUCGAUGGCGCCCCUCGAUCGCUCUCCCGCUCGCUCUUCCGUGCGGCCGAAGGCUUGCGGCGCAGCCGAGCGCGCUCCGCUCUGGACUGGAGGCUACAGACCACGCCCCGCGCCCUCCCGGCCCGCCCAGUCCCGCGCUCGCCGCCGCCCGGAGCAGCGCACUGGGGGCGGAGCCGCCUCCCUGCGGCCACCGCAACUUUCCCUCCGCCUUACAGACCCUUGCAGGUGGCGGGAGUGAGGAACUAACUCCGAACGCAGGUUCACGAGCCUCCGCCUCCGUGCCUACCCGCAGCUGGAGACAAAGGGGAGGCCGACUCUCCUAGAACACUUUUCAGGCGGGUUUCACUUCUUCACGGUGGGUGGAUGCCUAGAUCUACAAAUCAGCGAGCCGACCGCGAUCCGGUCCUUGAACCCAGGUGGAGCCUUAGAGAAACAUGGACUUUUCAUCGGCUUCUUAAGAGUGUCAGGAAGCCCAGACCUCGACCUCACCUACGGAGUCUUGCAUGUGGCAGAGAGACACCAACUACUUAAGAAUGUUGCCCAUCACGUCUCUGACUUUUGGCUAAGAUCAAGUAUAAAAUUCUGCCUUCGAGGAAAUAAUAAGCUUCAAGGAGAGCAACUGGAUUUACCUGUUUCUCAAGGAAGACGGGCUCAUCAUUAUCACUCUGUGACUUGGAACUCACAGAGCUUCUGUUAUCAGCUCCAUCACAUCGAUGACUAGUGAAACAGACAGUUACUGCCAACCUCCCAUGAACCGAGGCAUCAGAAGUGGGAGGACAGGAGAGAAGAAAGGAAGAGAGGAGGAGGUCUUCUUUUUGUCCAUUCUUUGCCAUUCAAGGGCUCAGCAAGGAGACAGCUGUGCACAACCGAGGCCAGUGUCAGCUUAGAACUUGGCCAUGACCUGAUCUUGGCUUUCAAAAUUACAGAACUGUGGGAGUUACAAGAGUCUCAGUGUCCCUGCCUGUCCUCAAACUCACUGCAAUCUGUCACCAUGCAUGGCUCAGUGGGGUCACUUACAAAACAGCUGGUGACUAAGAGGUUGACAGUGACGCCUCCCUUGAGAUUAUGUCCUCUCUGCCAGGAAGGAAGAAAUCCCUUAUCAGAGGCCACUGCAAAUCCAUGCUGGGAAGCCAACAGAAUUUCUACAAUAACUCUUAUCAUCUGCGCCACCCCCAUCCCUCCCCAUAGUGCCCAGUGACUUCUGUACACGUCACCAUUUCCUGGCUCGAAUCCCUUUGUCUUAUCAUUUCUUCACUAUUUCGAGUUUCUCUAAAAGAUACAGCUGCUUUCUGUCCUGGUCA